UACAAAGAAUCUUUGACAGGAAUGUUUUUACCAUAAGUGCCUAAAAACAGCAGUAGGCACAUUUCAUAUUGGGGAUCUGUGACUAAAGCUUUUUGGAAUAGGUGCUUACAAACAGCAGGUCACUCUUUUCAAAUAGAGGAUCUUUGAAAAGUUUUUUUUGAGUCUGUACUUAAAAAGAGCAGGGCGCUCUUUCAUAUAGAGGAUCUUUGACUAGUGUUUUUUUUUUUUGCAGUUGGUGCUUAAAAACAGCAGGGAACUCUUUUCAUAAAAAGGAUCUUUGACAAGAGUGUUUUUGCCUUAAGUGCUUAAAAACACCAGGGCACUCGUUUUCAUAUGGAGGAUCUUUGACAAGACUUGUUUGCAGUUGGUGCGUAAAAACAUCAGGGCACUCUUUCUCAUACAGAGAGAGAGGUUUUUUUGUUUUUUUUUUGCAAAAGGUGCUUAAAACAGCACAGCACUCUUCAUAUAGAAGAUCUUUGACGAAUGUUUUUUGCAAUGAUAGAGGAUCUCUGACGUGAGGUUUUUUUUUGGCACUGUGUACUUAAAAACAGCAAAGCACUCUUUUAAUAUUGAGACCUUUGACGAGAACUUUUUGGAAGAGGUGCUUAAAAACAGGAUGGCACUCUUUUGAUAUCGAGAAUCUUUGGCUAGAGCUUUUUUUUUCCAAUGGGCACUUAAAAGCAGCAAAGCAUGCACUCUUUUCAUAUAGAGGAUCUUUGACUAGAGUUUUUUGGAAAACUUGCUUAAAAACAGCAAAGCACUUUUCAUAUAGAGGAUCUUUGACUAUAAUUUUUUUUGGCAAUAGGUGCUUAAAAACAGCAGAGUGCUCCUGUUAUAGAGGAUCUAUACUUUAUUUUUGACGAUGUCAUCCAUGUGGUGUGGUAAAAAUGUUUGUUUUUGACACAGAACAGCUUUAAUGCGCAAGUAAUAGUAGAAAAACAUAUUUACAUGAAAAGUCAUACUAAUGUGAAUCCUUGACUGAGCAUUCAGCCAAUUAUGAGCUCCCUGAUGACGUCAAAGGAUGUUUGAAUUAUUCACACCGUCACAAGACCACCUAACAGGUCCACAAUGAAGGAGGAAGGUGGUCUUCUUCACGGACUUUCUGGAUCAUUGGGGACUUUUUCUUCCCUCUCAAGAGAACAACAUGAGCGUGCAGUUCUACUGGGAUUCGAGAACCUGACCCAUUUCUCUCCUCUUUUAACUUUGGACGAAAUCUCUCCUCUCAGCCUUUUGACGCCGAACCGUCCUAAUGUGAAAGUGGACCAGGAGAGGAUGAAGAAGAUGAAGAGGAGGAGGAGGAGGACGGGUCCAAUGGAGCGCCAUGCAGAACCUUGAGCCCAUGGAGACAUGGCACAGCGGUUCCUGUCGUCCGCCUUCAUGCUGACUGUGUCCCUGUCCUGCACCUACUUGUGCUACAGCAUCAUUUUCGGCCGCACCGCCGUCAUGACGGGUCGGUCUUACGAGGGGAGCCGAUGCCCGUCGAGCAGGCAAGCCGGCGGGAAGAAACUUCUCGCCCAGUCGGACCAGUGCGCCUGGCUGAGGGCGCGCACCUCCGCAGCCCAGCCCGAUUCUCCUCCUCCUCUUCCUUCUUCCCGUUGGGGCGACGCGAAAGGCAAAAACUCGAGUUCGGCGCAAAAAUUCGGGAAUAAGAAGCUGCCCAGCGCCUUGAUAGUGGGGGUGAAGAAAGGAGGAACCAGGGCGGUGCUGGAGUUCAUCAGGAUCCAUCCUGACGUGCGCGCACUCGGAACCGAGCCACAUUUUUUCGACAGGAACUACGACAGAGGACUGGACUGGUACAGGAGCCUCAUGCCAAGAACUUUGGAUAGUCAAAUUACUCUGGAGAAGACACCCAGCUACUUUGUCACCAGAGAAGCCCCUCGCCGUAUCUCCAGCAUGUCCCACCAGACCAAGCUGAUUGUGGUGGUCCGCAACCCGGUUACGAGAGCUAUCUCGGACUACACGCAGACUCUUUCCAAGAAGCCUGACAUCCCCACAUUUGAGGAGUUAGCUUUCAAGAACAGGAGCCAGGGUCUGGUGGACACCUCCUGGAACGCAAUCCGUAUCGGGAUGUACAGCCUUCACCUGGAGAACUGGCUGCGCUACUUCCACCUCUCCCAGAUGCACUUUGUGAGCGGCGAACGGCUCAUCACGGACCCGGCGAGCGAAAUGGGCCGCGUUCAGGACUUUUUGGGGCUGAAGAGGAUCAUCUCGGACAAGCACUUCUACUUUAACAGAACCAAGGGCUUCCCGUGCCUGAAGAAGCCGGAGAGCAGCGGGCAGCCUCGCUGCCUGGGGAAGUCCAAGGGCAGGACUCAUGUUCAGAUCGACCGGGAGGUCAUCGAGCAGCUGCAGGAGUUUUAUAGACCUUUCAAUGUCAAAUUCUUUGAAACUGUCGGACAAGACUUCAAGUGGGAUUGAAAGUGACAGGAAAUUCAAAAAUACUUGGUCUUACCGGGACGUUUCACCCGAGACACCAGAAUACUUGAUGGUAUUUACAGGAACAGGAAGCUUCGGAAAACUCUGCAUACCAACAACCAAGUUUCCACCGUCUGGUUCAGUUUGGGACGGUAAACAUUCAGAAAUUAUGAAGGGUGCUAAAAUAAUUGCAGUGUUUGGUACCGAAGGGGCGGAGCUAGACAAACUGCAGUCCACCGACUGGUCAACUGAGAAUGGCGGCAAAGCGUGACAUCUUCCUUGUUGACUUCAUUGGGCACCUUUCACACAGAGAUGCCCUCAGAGCCGUAACAGGGCGGGAGAGCCGACAUUUACCUGCAUGUGCCUUUCACUCAGAGCAAUCGCUUGCAACUAGUGCUGUCAAACGAUUAAAGUGUUUAAUCUGUUUAAUCACAGGGUUGCUGUGGAUUAAUUAGUAGAGUAAUCACGAUUAAAGAUCAUUCGUUUUACAGCUACAUUAAUCGUGUUUCUUUUUGCAAGAACAAAGAGACUCAAGGAAGAACGGGGGCGCCGCGUUAGCCAAAGUGAAAUCAGAAUUCCUGGCUAACUGUGUUAUUUUAGGAAAACGCCUUUCUGCAGCGUACACAUAAUACUUUGUCGAUUGGUUGUUUUUUUGUACUCCAAUUUCCCAUCGAAAGGGUCAACAUGCAAUUUAGCGUCUUCUGUAUUGGGUUGUUUGGUUCUGUAGCCUGUCACUACCGGACCAACUGCCCAUUUGCGCGGGAACAAUAUCACAAACUGUGAAUGCGUUGCCAGGAAUGUUUCCGGGAUUUUGAGUUAUUUUGCACUGCAUUUGCGCUAACAUUUUUAAUCAGAUUAAUAAUGAUGAUGGAUCAAGCUGCGUCAAUUUUGACAGCACUAUUUUCUACACAACAGGAUGGUGUUAGUGAGCGUCGCUUUGCAGAAUUCCUUUACCCACAGGCGCUGUUCCGCCUCUGUUACGGCUCUUAUACGACCUCCGAAGGUGGAAUAUUGCCGGGUCAACUCUGUCCUUCCAUUCCUGGGCAAUGUAAAAGACGGACACAGCGCUGCAAGCAAAAGCCGGAUCAAUAUUUAGGGUUUCAAAACGAUACCGUGCCGAACUGGACCAACUGGUGGAAACACGACUGCUUAAGGCGGCAUUUAUUUAAAAAUGAUUCAAUCCAAAGUGUCAUGAAUAAAUUAGCAGGCACGCGGUAUUAUUUUCAUUAAAGCCUCCUGUCAUUUUAGCAGCGUGAAUAUUCAUAGCCUGAGACUGUGUUUGUCAUUAUCACACUGAAAAUGCACCACUGGUUUUCUUGUUGCCGAGCGCACGACGCCGGCGACAGCCUGUCAAUUCUUCCACCAUUAAAAGUUGUUGAAAUGAUGCUUACACUGGAAGAAACACGAAUAAAUCUUUGCUGUUUAUCGAACCUGACAUUCUUCCAUUGAAGCCCAGAAUGUUCUUAAAUGAACCGAUACUUUAAUGACUCUUUCUCACUCAUUUCAGUCCUGAUCUAACACACUGGUGGCACCUGCUCAAGCCUUCUGGUACGGUUGGCCUGUAUCAAAGCAAGAACCC